GUCCGCGGCCGCGGCGGCGGCGGGGGCGGCCGGCCGCCGGCCUUCGGCUUCCUCUUCGACAUCGACGGGGUGCUGGUGCGGGGCAGCCAGGUGAUCCCCGCCGCCCGCGACGCCUUCCGCGCCCUCUCCGACGCCGGCGGGCGGCUCCGGGUGCCCGUCGUCUUCCUCACCAACGCCGGCAACUGCCUGAGGAAGGCCAAGGCCGAAGAGCUGUCACGGGCUCUGGGGCUGCAGGUGUCUCCAGAGCAGGUGAUCCUGUCCCACAGCCCCCUGCGGCUCUUCAGUCAGUUCCACCAGAAGUGUGUGCUAGUGGCGGGCCAGGGACCUGUGGAGGAGAACGCCCAGAACUUGGGGUUCAAACAUGUGGUCACCAUAGAGGCACUGAGGAAGGCAUUUCCCCUGUUGGACAUGGUGGAUCAAAGUCGGAGGCCAAAGGAGCUGCCUCCUCCAACCACUGACUUCCCCACUAUAGAAGGGGUGAUUCUGUUUGGGGAGCCGGUCAGGUGGGAGACAAGUCUACAACUUAUUAUUGAUGUACUCUUGAGCAAUGGGAACCCUGGGGCAGAGCUGGAAGAUAUACCGUAUCCUCAUCUGCCUGUUCUCGCCUGCAACAUGGAUCUUCUGUGGAUGGCUGAAGCCAAGAUGCCCAGGUUUGGCCAUGGCACUUUCCUUCUCUGCUUGGAGAACAUCUACAAGAAAGUGACAGGCCGUGAGCUGAAGUACGAGGCCUUGAUUGGCAAACCCAGCACAGUCACCUACCGCUAUGCCGAAUACCUGAUAAAACAGCAGGCUGAGAAACAAGGCUGGAAGUCUCCCAUACGACGCCUCUAUGCAAUUGGGGAUAAUCCCAUGUCCGAUAUCUAUGGGGCAAACCUCUACAACAGCUACCUCAAGUCAGCUCACCAGAACCAGGUCCAGGCUGGGGUGAAGAGGAGCCCACUGGCAGCUAGUCCCCAAACUGAGGAGAAACUUGGGCAAAGGAAGGACUGCAACAUUUCAAUGGAGAGCUGUGAGUCGAUUCUGGUCUGCACCGGGGUCUACCGCCACAAUACAGAUGUUCCCAAUAACCCAGAGGAAUGUGUGCCGGAGACUGUGUUCCACGGGCAUCGGGACUUCUGCUUUGACCCCAGCCUGGUGGAGGCAUCUUACGUAGUACCGGAUGUAAAUGACGCUGUGCAACUUGCUUUCAAGAAGGAAAACUGGAGCUAGGGAUAAGACAGGUGUGCCGCAAAGAUCUACAGUCAGGGGUUUCCAGUAGUGGAAAGGGGAGAGGGGGAGAACAGGGAAAGACCUGGAGUGAUCUAGUCUAGCCAACAUGAAAGAAAACUCCUUUAAACACCCCUUGUUUGUACUGAUACUCUUCUGCAAUCCUGACAGCUGCCAGCAGGCUUUCAACUGUGAACUUAACGUUGCUACAAUCACAAAUUGAACCAUAAUGGGAAUUAUGGGAUAUAAUGAGAAGGCCUGUCCCAGCAGUCCAGUUUUGUUCUGCCGGGGUUCCUUCUCUUGCACCCUUUGUGCACAGGAAUCAGACGAGCCUACUCUCCUCUUUGCAAUGUAUUUGAGGAUGAAGCUCUUCCCUGAGCAAAGAGGCACCAUCAGCCAACAUACCAUACGUACAAUGUACCAUUCGUCCAGUUUGUGAUGUGAGCAGCCCAGAAGCUCUGCUAUGGUGGCACUCUGCCAAGGGAAGGCUUUAACUCUUUACACUCUCCUUCAGUGAAUAAGUGCCUAUGGACUUAAAAAAAAUUCUACUUGCUUGGGGAUUUGGCACUGUGUCACUGUCAGUCUGAAACAAAAUCCCAUUUUGUAGCCCUCCAGCAGUUAAGGUGGGGGCAGGCCCCCUGAAAGGAAGCAGCAGUUGCCAGAGCAGUUUGCUGCAGGGCCAAGGGAAAAGUUGUAUUAUUCCCUCCCCACUAUUUAGCAUUCUGUGAGUACUUCUGCCUUUUGCAGCCAGCCUUAGGAUUCAGCAGCUGGCUCUCAAUAGCAGAGGGAAACACCUCAGUGUCUGGAUUUCCAGAGGUGUCUUUGCCCAGAACUCAGCAUUGCAGCAAGAGGCUGUUCCUGUGACCAGCCUGGCCCCAGCUGUUGCAAAGGGCAGCCCCCUGCUCCGGUUGGCCCAGUUUCCACAGGGAGGCCGCUGAGAACGAGGGCUGGCUAGCACGAGUUGCAGCUCACCUUUGCUUCUUCCUUGUACUUAGGGGUCGAAAGAGCCAGGAUCGUACCCAAGCCCCAACCCCCAGUCUUGAUCUAUAGGAGCUCAAGUCAGUCUGUCCUUUGCUGCCAUCUUUCCUCUCACCCCCAUGUGGUUUGCAUCUCAGGGAUAUCCCAUAUGGUCUGAUACUUUCCCCAAUAGGGUCUCUGUUCCCUCUCCUUCCUGCAGCCUGGAGGUGGAACCUACUAACGUGCAUUAGUUGCUGGGGUCUUGCUGCCCAGGACUAUAUUCAUACCCCUAACAGCAUAUGCCUUCUGUUGCCUCUCUUUCCCUAGUGCCGACUAGUCAGAGAAAGUUCACAGCUUGUGUCUCCUUAGUCCUAAAAAGUUAAGUAAACAUUACUUGAGAAUCUUUAUGUGAAAGAUUGGCUCAGGAAGGGAUUUCUUAAUUGCAGACGAGCAUCAUGAUUUUAAAAACAUAAGCCAAUCUGCGUAAGCAACAGAAAGCCUUUGGAGCCAAUACACUGAAUCAUAUUCGUAGUUAUACCCUACUUGCCCCUUUUAGAGAUUAAAAUUCAGUCUGAGGUGCCUCCAUUUCCCUCCUUCCCAUUUUACCAGGCAGCUGCAUAUACAGGGUACAAACAAGAUAAUACUGCACAGAAGUCUGUGGUGUUCUCAAUUAAAAUCUCAGCAUCCACACGCACAGACAUUCUGUGUCGGCAGCUCUCUCUGUUCCUCUUCCAGUACUGCUGUAUCUUGCUAGGAAGGUCACACUGCAGAGGGGGCUCUUUGCUUACAUUAUGCCAGGUUCUGUGCCCUGAGGGGGCUGGUGCUCUGUCAGUGACCGAGACAAAGAGUUCCUUCUCUGUUCCCUAACAGGGCAAGUUCUUUCUCUCCCUUAUAUUCCGAACAGAAGCAGAAAAAUACUUCUGGGUGCACUCCCCUCCUAUGAAAUCUGUAAUGGGAAGCAGUCUCUUCCUCACUUAGCACUAGUUGGGGCUCUUCUUUGUCUCAUCAGGACAAAAAUCACUUGGCUGCUUCUAAGAGAAGCUGUGAUGUGAGGAACACAGUCUUAAAUUUUAAUUCUUUGUCUUUCACUGGAGAGAAAAAGAAAUGAUUGUUUAACCUGCUUGUACAAAAGCUCAUUUCCAGUUCCCAGAAGAAUAAGUACAGAGGUUGACUUUGUGUUUAACAUGGAGAAGGUCUUUUAACUUUCAGAGCAUCUCCAGAGUCAGAAAUGUGCUCUAGACCCAGUGUGCGAGGCCUGAUAUUGGAGCCCCAAAUCCCAUUUAUUCUUAGACUCACUCUGGUGUCUCUCAACCUCACUUCCACAGGUGACAUCCAGCAGCAGGAAGAGGAAUGCUCCUUUUCUGAGCAAUAUCUGCUAGCUUUGGUGAUUAGCUGGUGACUUCAUUAGGAUUAACUGGAAACUGUCUUCUAGGCCAUAGGCAACAGGGAGCCUCGCUGCUGGCCAUGCCUUCCAUUUGGGUAGGUACUUAUCUGCAGAAAUACUAAGGUUUGUCCAUCUGUGUGUGCAGUGGCCUUUGGUAGAGCUCUUUCUUGUGAUGUGUUAAGAUCAUGGUGCCCGUUGCUCAAAGACAGGAUGCUGCUGAGACAGUGUUCCCAGGGGCUGCAGUGCUGUCAAACCCUCUGUCCUGAGUUGAGUCAGGCGCUCUGGCUGCCAUUUCUGAUAACUGUGGUAGCUUUGUGGAAGGAAUGUGCAGAGAAAUUUUGAGAGAUCGCAGGCGGUUUUGUAAUUUCAUAUCAACAUGCACAGCCCACCUCAGCCAGAAGUGAGGUAAGUAGCAAGGAGGAGAUAGGGCCUCCUCCAAAAAGGGAACAGUUUUGCAUUUGCAUGGAGAAUGAGCCAGGCAGCUCCAUCUCUAGAACAGUAGUGAAGAUGAACUGACUGACGUGAAUCUGCUUUGGAUUCCAAAUCUGCUUUUAGCUUCAGUUUUGGUGGGGUAGGAGGAGGUUAGCAUGUUAGAGUUGAAACAGUGCUCUGGGAGUCUUUAAAAUGCAUAGGAGGAGCUUUAGUGAUUAAAGAAGCUUCACUUUUAAGUUGAAUCUGGGGAGAAGGGAGAAGAAAGCUAGAAGAAUUUCCUAUCCUUUCCCCUAUUCUUGCCAAGUAAUGCUGCAUGCAGGGCUCUGCUCGGUCUGUGCAUUGAUAAGUCAAAUGAGCUACCCUUGGUCUGAGCCACAAAGAGAACUUGUCCCUCUUCCUCUGCUCAGCUCCUUGAAACAGUGCACUUUGUCUGAGUCACUUCCAAGGAACUGUGUGGGCACAGUGAGUGGAGUAGGAAUUUGGGAUCUCCAGCUGCUGAUACUGACCUGGUUAUAGAAGAUUUCUACAAUGAGAAGCACUUGCCAGAUACCUGUUCCAUGAGUUUUGUGGUAGAACACUGUGCAGGCUGCUGGCUGAUCUGCAGAUCUGUAUCUAUCUGUGGAUGGGUGCCUGUUAAUAAUAGAAUUUGAUAAAGUCCUUCCUCUUGCUUUGUUUUCUGGAAUUAGCUUUAAGUGUGGCUGGAACAUAACCCUUCCUUUGGCUCACGUAUUACACAGAUGUGGUAUUUUAGAUACCAUAUUUCUGUUUUCCAGUAAGCAUACUUCUAUGCACAUUAUUGAACAUAGUAAUCAGGAGAGAGGAUUUCACUUGCCAAUGUAAUCCUGUAACAUUUUUUUAUAUGGUGCAUUUCCCUGUUGCAACAAAUGCUAUGAAGACCUGAUCCUAACAGCUCUGUGUGCUGCAGAUGGAUGAGUUUUGGUCAAGCCCUAAAGGAGCAAGUAGUGAGGUGAGGCAACCGAGAACAGCACAGAGUAACUGCAGGAUGGAUAAGUUAUUUUGGACCUGAAGCAGAGCUUCUAUGUCUUGCAAUAAAGGACAAAAUGUGGUUUUGAAAAGGGUGGCCAGAGAAGAUGAUUCCCUUAUUCUACAGGACACAAACAGCUUGUAGCCUGCCAUUCAGGGAGUGGUGUAACACUACUGUGCCCUUUCUUCCAAUCCUAUUGCUGGUAUGUCUUUUUUAUCUGAUAAAUGGGUAAUUUGGGUUUCAGAUUAUAUCUUGUGCAUUGUAACAGGGUGAUCAUGUAUCGUAGAUAGAAAUCACAAGCUCUGAUAUUUCUAGCUUUCGUGUUAAGUUCUACCCAGUUCCAGAGCUGCUCCUUUGAACUAGCACGUAUGAAAAAAAUAACAAAAGAGGAUUUCUGUGAAAUAAAUUUUAACAUGCUGUGUGUACUGUA